AUGGGUUUAACGAUGAACGUGUUGCUGUCAAUCGUUGUGUUCUUGCUGCUGGUAUCAAAAAUUCUUCCGCCGACGUCUCUAUCCAUUCCCCUCGUCGCUAAAUAUCUGCUGCUCACCUUUGUGCUCAAUAUCAUCACCAUUCUGAUCACCGUCGUCAUCUGUAACAUCUAUUUCCGAUCUCCAAUCACUCAUCGUCUACCGCCGUGGGUUCGAAGCGUCUUUCUAGAUUGGUUACCGUUGUUGCUGUGCAUGCAACGGCCAAGGCGAAAGAAUGUUCUACAUCAGAAGAAGAAGAAGGUAGAAAGCAAAUCCAGUCAUGAGCUCACCACGCAGAAUCACCACCCACAUUGCAGGGCCGCCGACAAUGCUCGUGAUGGCGCUCCGCUGAUUCGAAUUAGUCAUCCAUCUUGCGAUGAUCUUUCUCCAGAUGCUCAACGAGCCGUUGAUGCUAUCGAAUUCAUCACAGAAAAUAUGAAAGAUGAGGAAACCACGAAGCAGUAUCGUGACGACUGGAAGUUUGUGGCAAUGGUAGUGGAUCGUGUUCUUCUCUACGGUUUCUUUGGAAUCACCCUAGGAGGAACCAUAGGCAUCUUGUUCUCUGCACCGACAGUCUUCGAACGAGUCGACGAGCAAAAGCAUCUACAAAAACUUAUUCAGCUUUACAAACAAGGAAUUCCAGACAAUGAUACCUACACACCGCUAUACUAA